ACUGAGUUUUUAUUUGUUUUUGUAUAUAUAAAUAUAUAUUUGUCAUUUGGUACGGUUUAGUUUUCGACCGUCUCCGGUCAUUUUUGUUGCUUUCUUCCUUCGUUCAAACCACGACACCAUUUAUCGUCUUUUUCUUCUCUCUCGGACACCAAAAAGAAGAAGAAGCAAUAAACCCUAAUUCUGGUUUCUCUUAUCCAUUCAAUGGCUAUGGGGAUGUGAGGAGGAGCUUCGUCUUCGCUUCUACUCAGCUCACCGACUCCACCUUGAGAUGAUGAUGACGCUUCUUUUCUAAUUCUACUCAUACCUCAAUUAGACCUUGAUUUCGAGCACGUUGGUGCAGUUGCUAAUUUAGAUAUGAUGGCUGAAAGUUGGGACGGAAGUUAUGAUCCUGGCAGCCAGUCGGAUGACAGCCAUAUUUUUGAGAGAUUGCAUAUUGAGCCUAUUUAUGAUGCAUUUGUUUGUCCUUUAACAAAGCAAGUUAUGCAUGAUCCUGUUACGUCGGAAAAUGGCCAAACGUUUGAGCGUGAAGCAAUCGAAAAAUGGUUCAAGGAAUGCAAGGAGAGUGGAAGGAAGUUGGUAUGUCCAUUGACGCUGAAAGAAGUAAAGAGCACAGAUCUGAAGCCUAGCAUAGCUUUACGGAACACCAUUGAAGAGUGGAAUGCUAGGAAUGAAGCUGUUCAGCUUGACGUGGCUCGCAGAUUGCUGAAUUUGAACAGUUCAGAAAGUGAUGUUUUGUUGGCCUUGAAGUUUGUCCAGAACAUCUGCCAAAAAAGCAGGUCAAGUAAGCAUAUAGCACGAAGCGCAGGGCUGAUUCCCAUGAUUAUUGACAUGUUAAAGAGCAGCAGCCGUAAAGUUAGAUAUAGAGCUUUGGAAACUCUUAGAAUUGUGGUGGAGGAUAACGAUGACAAUAAGGAAAUAUUUGCCGAGGGGGACACUGUCCGCACUAUAGUAAAGUUUUUGUCUCAUGAGCAGUCUAAAGAGAGGGAGGAAGCUGUUUCUUUGCUGUAUGAACUUUCAAAAACUGAAGCGUUGUGUGAGAAGAUUGGUGCAAUCAAUGGUGCUAUUCUUAUGUUGGUUGGAAUGACAAGCAGCAACUCAGAGAAUAUUUUGACGGUUGAGAAGGCCGACAAAACACUAGAGAAUCUGGAGAAGUCUGAGAACAAUGUGCAUCAGAUGGCUGAAAAUGGUAGGCUGCAACCUCUUCUGACACAAAUCCUUGAAGGCCCUCCAGAAACCAAACUGGCCAUGGCUAAUUUCCUUGGUGAGCUGGUCUUAAACAAUGACGUGAAAGUCGUUGUAGUUAGAACUGUGGGUUCCUCUUUGAUCAAUCUCAUGAGAAGUGGUAAUAUGCAGUCAAGAGAAGCUGCUUUAAAAGCCUUAAACCAGGUCUCCUGCGACGCAAGUGCCAAGGUGUUGAUAGAGGCAGGAAUUCUUCCUCCUCUUGUCAGGGACCUCUUUUCUGUUGGCGCAAAUCAGCUACCCAUGCGAUUGAAAGAGGUUGCCGCGACAAUUCUUGCCAAUGUUGUGAACUCAGGCUAUGACCUUGAGUCUAUUCCAGUCGGAACUGAUCACCAGACUCUGGUUUCAGAAGACAUAGUCCAUAGCCUUCUACAUCUCAUUAGCAACACUGGUCCAGGAAUUGAGUGCAAGCUUCUUCAGGUUCUUGUUGGACUCACUAGCUCUCCCUCUACAGUUCAGAAUGUUGUUGCUGCCAUUAAAAGCUCUGGCGCCACCAUCAGUUUGGUCCAGUUCAUUGAGGCUCCGCAAAAAGAUUUGCGUCUUGCUUCAAUAAAACUUCUUCAGAAUCUCUCCCCACAAAUGGGUCAGGAACUAGCCGAUGCUUUACGUGGUACAGUUGGCCAACUUGGAAGCCUAAUUAAAGUAAUAUCAGAAAAUGUUGGAAUCACAGAAGAGCAACCUGCAGCAAUUGGCCUUCUAGCUGAGCUUCCAGAGAGGGAUUUGGGCCUAACCCGGCAGAUGCUAGAUGAAGGUGCCUUUCAACUAGUCUACACUAGGGUAGUUAAAAUCCGACAGGGGGAAACCAAGGGAGGUCGCUUUGUGACACCAUUCCUGGAAGGGCUUGUUCGAGUUCUUUCAAGGGUUACAUUUGUAUUGGCUGAUGAGCCUGCUGCAGUUGAGCUCUGUCGAGCGAAUAAUCUUGCUGCUUUGUUUGUUGAGCUCCUUCAGACUAAUGGACUCGACAAUGUGCAGAUGAAUUCCGCAACAGCCUUGGAGAACCUGUCGCUAGAAACCAAGAACUUGACCAGGCUUCCUGACUUGCCGACACCUGGUUGUUGUGCCUCAAUCUUUCCAUGUUUAAGUAAACAACCUGUCAUAAGCGGGUUAUGUCCAGUUCAUCGGGGAACAUGCUCGCUUAGGGAGAGUUUUUGUCUUUUGGAAGGACAAGUCGUGGAAAAGUUGGUAGCUCUGUUGGACCAUGCGAAUGAGAAGGUGGUUGAGGCUGCACUUGCUGCGAUAUCUACUUUGUUGGAUGAUGGAGUUGCUAUUGAGCAAGGAGUGAAGGUGUUAUGCGAUGCUGAGGGAAUCAGGCCUGUACUAGACGUUUUACUAGAGAAAAGGACGGAUAAUCUGAGGAGGAGGGCGGUUUGGGUAGUCGAGAGACUAUUGCGGACUGAUGAGAUAGCCUAUGAAGUUUCAGGAGAUCCAAAUGUGAGUACUGCUCUUGUCGAUGCCUUCCAGCAUGCUGACUACCGGACCCGACAGAUCGCCGAGCAUGCCCUGAAACAUGUUGAUAGGCUACCGAACUUCUCUGGGGUUUUCCCAAACAUGGGAUAGGAGUCCUAUUUCAGAAGCUCUUUAUUUGGGUGUGGUUUUACAGAAUUCAAAUUGAACGUAGAUAUUGUUGUAUACAGAUUUCCCAUUUGUAGAUUAUCUUCAACAUUGUUCAUUUGUUCUCAGUGAUGCGCGAGAUUCCCAUCAGAUUUUCUGGUUCCAGUCUUAUAAUUAAAACCUAUAAAUACUAGCAUCAGGUAUCAAGAGUGGUAAUGUCAUCAGUUUACAUUGUUGAGUAUACUGAAUAAUGUAAAGGCUCUUGAGUUGUUUUAUCAUGUCCAUUAAAAGGUGUUCUUGACUAUAAGCAGGUGCACCCGCUGAGAGUUGUUUUAUGUUUGGCAUGCCGUGUACGCUUGAUUUGUGCAACACACACAGGUGGCAUGAAUCAUUUGGCAACUUCCCUUCCUAAGAUGAUGCCUUAUAACUAAUGUUGUCAUGUUGAUA